GCCACAAUGCAGUUUAUGUUGCUUUUUAGUCGUCAGGGAAAGCUCCGACUGCAGAAAUGGUAUGUCCCGCUAUCGGACAAAGAAAAGAAAAAAAUCACAAGGGAAUUUGUUCAAACAGUUUUAGCCCAUAAACCCAAAAUGUGCAGCUUUUUGGAGUGGCGAGAUCUGAAGAUUGUCUACAAAAGACACGCUAGCCUGUAUUUCUGCUGUGCUAUUGAGGAUCAGGAUAAUGAACUAAUUAUCUUGGAAAUAAUUCAUCGUUACGUUGAACUACUUGACAAAUAUUUUGGCAAAGUGUGUGCACUUGAUAUCAUCUUUAAUUUUGAGAAAAAUUUUAUUCUGGAUGAAUUUCUUUUGGGAGGAGAAGUUCAGGGAACAUCCAAGAAAAAUGUACUUAAAGCCAUUGAACAGGCAGAUCUUCUCCAAGAGGAAGCUGAAACCCCACGUAGUGUUCUUGAAGAAAUUGGACUGACAUAAGCCGUCUCCCAUGUUGAUGACAUCAUGUGGUCUCACAUACU